UUGUUGUGUAAACACUGCAAAGAAACAAAAUAAUUAAAACGGAUCAAGUAAAGACAGUUUUGAGUAGAUUCAGACGAGUUUUUGCAAAUUAUUUACACUGUAUCGUUGUAUCGUUGUGAAAUAAAUUAGCUGCUACUUAUUGAAUGAACGGAAUGCUGUAUAUGUAAAAUUGGUAUCAGGACAAAAAUGUUGUUGUGCGGUACUCUACAGUAUGUAUAGACAACUUCCGAUGAUUUGAAGUGUUCUAUUGUGGAAUCUAGACCGUCAUAUGUUAUCUCGCCAAUUGUGCUUGAUGCGAUAGGAGUGGUGUACAAAUUGUGUAUAUUCAAACAACGUCGAACCGCCAAGAACUUUUCCGAAUCUCGUUCGUAAAUUGAGAUCACUUUGAAUGGCCGGGUCUGUCCUUCUUUCUUCAAUGCAACGAAGGAGUCCUUCUCGUCGCAUUUUAUUUCCAUCUUGUUGAAAUUGGAAACGGUAAACGAUUCGGGAUUAUACAUUUCCUCCUCCUCGAUUCUAUUACGCAUUUGCUGUAGCGGAUUAAUCGCAUUUCCCAAAUAUCCUUUGAGCUUUUGAAUAAAAUUUUCAAACUUAUAGCAAGAAAAGGAAUCCAACGGACCGUAACGUCUGGAAUAGUACGUAAUAUGCAGCAAGACGUGUAUUACGUAGGUAAUGGAAUCUUCACCGUAGAUUGAUGGGUACUGCUCAACAUAUUUGUGAAGAAGUUGUUCGGCAGUGUCAAUGUUGUGUUUGGUCAAACUUUCGGUAGCAAGCAGUCGUACCGCAACAUGCAAAAGCAGCCAAUGAUCAUGUAUAUGAUCAGCAAUACACCCUUUAAAAACACUAUACCACCGUACAUCAAAAAUUGUCUAAGCUCUGUUGCUUUGAAAUGUUGCAAGUCUUUGAGCGAUCGGAUGUCUCGUGCAAAGUCAGACGGUCGAAAACGGCCAAAAGCAAGAAUGCGCUCGGACAAUUUGUCAAUAUCUAUCACGAGGCUUGGAAUGUUCUGCGCCUUAACCAAAAAUUCCAAUCCUUUUAAAACUGCGCCCAAAUCAAUAAUAUGCAUUGGAUCCAGUGGAAAUUGGGAUAUCAUCCUGAAUCCCAGAUUUUCCAGAACCGAACGUUUCGAUCCAAAUUCUGGUUUAUGAUGCUCGGGGUGUAAUCUGUCUCUAAAGGUUUCAUCGGUUCGUUGGCUGAAACCGAUAUGGUUCGAAUAGACAACUUUUCCUUUCCACUGAUCCUCAGGUUCACUUUGCACAUUUUUUUGUCCGCCGAUCUUCUCGGUAAAUUUACAAAAAGGGCAUCCCAAUUAGCCAAAUUCUUCCACCGGAAUUCCUUAGGACAAAAAAAUCGGCACCUUCAAAAUCGGAUUUGCUUUACUUAUCGGAAUUGCAAAAAGUAAUAAGUCGGUUCCUAAAAGGAAAAGCAAAAGGAUGUCAAUAGGACUUUCCACCUAUUUACGAUUUUUGAUAUAUGCCGUCAUUUUGAGAAUAGAGUUUACUUUUUGUGUUCAGUUGAGUAAGAGCUCUCGCUAGAAAUGAACAACAAUAAUUCAAGAAAACGUAAAAUUGAUGAAACUGACAACGAAAGGUAUUUUAUUCCCACAGGAAUGGAAUUCCUAAGAAGUCUAAUUGGAAGCUAUCAAGCGAGAUUGCGUCAUGGGCCAACAAUUUUAAAAUCAAAGCAGAUGGGCUCACGGCACUCCUGAAAAUACUACGUCCGUAUGACUUCCCAGACUUAGAGUCAGACUCCCGCUCGCUGAUGCACACUCCACGCGAUACGGCUAAAUUAAUUCGAAAAGUGGAUCCAGGGCAUUACAUUCACAUCGGAAUUGCAGAAGGUGUUGAAUUUACAUUGAAACAAAACCUUCUAGACGCAAGUGAAUUAGAAAUCAUCGUGAUUGAUUACGAUACGGAUGGCGUCGAAAUGACAGACAGCACUGAUAAUGUGUUUUGGCCUAUUUGGUGUAAAAUUAGAACUCCUUGCAUCGGAAGACCGUUUCUUGUCGGGAUUUACUACAGUUCUACUGGUCAACCGAAAGAUUUCAACUGUUUCACGAGUGAUUUUGUUUCUGAGCUGAAAACGCUAAAAGAGCAAGGCUUAAAAAUUGGCUACAACCACGUCGUUGCAAUUCGCCCGGGAAGAUUUCUCGGUGAUGCUCCAGGUCGAUGCGACAUGCUAGGCAUAAAAUAUCCAACUGGCUACUACGGAUGUGGACGAUGCACUGUAACCGGCGUUCACAAAAAUAAUCGGGUCUGCUUCACUGACUUGGAUGCUCCACUGAGAACGGAUGAAAAUUUUGAGGACAGAAUACAACCAGAGCACCACCAUUUUCAGUCGCUGGUCGAGGAACACUUAGGGUUACGUUGUAUAACUCAAUCACCUCUCGAUGCAAUGCAUUUAGUGUACGGUUGUGCGGUAAGACGACUACUCUUUUGGUAUAAUGUUGAUACUGCUAAUUAUAAACUUCGGUUGUCCUCUGCUCAAAUUGAUGAAGUGAAUAACGUAUUAAACAUUGCUGUCUUAACAAAACCAACUGAAUUCGCUCGACCAGUCAAAGAUAUCCGAAAGUACAAAAGAUUUAAAUGUACUCAAUUGAGACAGUUCCUCUUGUAUCUUUGUAUCGUUGCGAUGAAAAAAGUCUUACCAAAAUUUCAGUACGAGCAUUUGUUGCUAUUUGUAAUUGGAACCCGAAUUUUGAGCCACGAAAGACAUUUCAAAGAAAACAAGGCAUCAGAACAGUCGGAGCGUUUGCUGCCACUUAGCCCCGUACAACCCCAUUCACAACUUAAUUCACUUAGCUGA